AUGUCUGACAGUCUGGAUAAUGAAGAGAAACCCCCAGCUCCCCCACUAAGGAUGAAUAGUAACAACCGGGAUUCUUCAACAAUCAACCACAGCUCUAAACCACUUCCCAUGGCCCCUGAAGAGAAGAAUAAGAAAGCCAGGCUCCGCUCUAUCUUCCCAGGAGGAGGGGAUAAAACCAAUAAGAAGAAAGAGAAAGAACGCCCAGAGAUCUCUCUUCCUUCAGACUUUGAACAUACGAUUCAUGUGGGGUUUGAUGCAGUCACUGGGGAAUUCACUAACUCCCCAUUCCAGUUUUCUAGAUCUGUGAUGUUUGCUUCAAAUCAAUCAGAGGGAAAAAUGCCAGAUCUCUAUGGCUCACAGAUGUGCCCAGGGAAGCUCCCAGAGGGAAUUCCUGAGCAAUGGGCACGAUUACUCCAAACUUCCAACAUAACAAAACUGGAACAGAAGAAGAACCCACAAGCUGUUCUAGAUGUUCUAAAAUUCUAUGAUUCCAAAGAAACAGUGAACAACCAGAAAUACAUGAGCUUUACAUCAGGAGAUAAGAGCGCACAUGGAUACAUAGCUGCCCAUCCUUCAAGUACAAAAACAGCAUCAGAGCCUCCUUUAGCUCCUCCUGUGUCUGAAGAGGAAGAUGAAGAAGAAGAAGAAGAAGAUGACAAUGAGCCCCCACCAGUUAUUGCUCCAAGACCUGAGCAUACAAAAUCAAUCUACACUCGUUCUGUGCUUGAAUCCAUUGCUUCACCAGCAGCACCAAAUAAAGAAGUCACACCAUCUUCCACUGAGAACGCCAAUUCUAGUACUUUGUAUAGAAACACAGAUCGACAAAGGAAAAAAUCCAAGAUGACAGAUGAGGAGAUUCUAGAGAAGCUAAGAAGCAUUGUGAGUGUUGGUGAUCCAAAGAAAAAAUACACGAGAUUUGAAAAAAUUGGUCAAGGGGCAUCAGGUACUGUUUAUACAGCACUAGAUAUCGCAACAGGACAAGAGGUGGCCAUAAAGCAGAUGAACCUUCAACAGCAGCCCAAAAAAGAAUUAAUUAUUAAUGAAAUUCUAGUCAUGAGGGAAAAUAAGAACCCCAAUAUUGUUAAUUAUUUAGAUAGCUACUUAGUGGGUGAUGAACUAUGGGUAGUCAUGGAAUACUUGGCUGGUGGCUCUUUGACGGAUGUGGUCACAGAGACCUGUAUGGAUGAAGGACAGAUAGCAGCUGUCUGCAGAGAGUGCCUCCAAGCUUUGGAUUUCUUGCACUCAAACCAGGUGAUCCAUAGAGACAUAAAGAGUGACAAUAUUCUCCUUGGGAUGGAUGGCUCUGUUAAAUUGACUGAUUUUGGGUUCUGUGCCCAGAUCACCCCUGAGCAAAGUAAACGGAGCACUAUGGUGGGAACUCCCUAUUGGAUGGCACCUGAGGUGGUGACUCGAAAAGCUUAUGGUCCGAAAGUUGAUAUAUGGUCUCUGGGGAUAAUGGCAAUUGAAAUGGUGGAAGGUGAACCCCCUUACCUUAAUGAAAAUCCACUCAGGGCAUUAUAUCUGAUAGCUACCAAUGGAACCCCAGAGCUCCAGAAUCCUGAAAGACUGUCAGCUGUAUUCCGUGACUUUUUAAAUCGCUGUCUUGAGAUGGAUGUGGAUAGGCGAGGAUCUGCCAAGGAGCUUUUACAGCAUCCAUUUUUAAAAUUAGCCAAACCUCUCUCAAGCUUGACUCCUCUGAUUAUUGCUGCAAAGGAAGCAAUUAAGAACAGCAGCCGCUAG